UCACUAACUAACCUAGUGACAUCUAUUUGGUCAAAUGAGACUUUAAGAAUGGCUAGAAAACAUGAACAUUUUGGAUUAAACUAUUUGGAAGAAUUGAAGAUAGUUAAGGAGCGUGAAAAUAUAUGCAAAGAAACUAGGCAGGAUUUUUUGAAAUUUAAACAAGAAUAUGCUUCUGACCAUGGAAAUAUAAACAAAGCUUUACAGGAAGAUACACCAUCAGGUCAGUCAUUUCAGAAACCUUCUAAAACUAGAAGUCCCUUUCUAUGUACUGAAAUCAAACAACUUUUUUCUGAGUGGGAUACUUCUAAAAUCCAGAAAAAAGUAAGGAUUUCUUGUGAUGAAGAAGAAACAAUCAAGACUGAAGAUACUGCAAGUCAGUCAAAGAAAUCUUCUAAGAAGCAGAAUCAUACUGAUGGUAAAAAAAAGGCUUUUCAUACUGGAAAAGCCGUUUCAGAACAUAAAAGUGAGAGCCCAGGAGAUGAAGGUGAAAAAUUGCCAGUAUUAAUAGCCUCUUUCGUAGGAACCACCAAGCAGAUGACCAUAUUGAAAAAACCAGGACCACUGAAACCAAAAUCUCCAAAGGUGCCUUGUGCAAAAUUACAGUUUAAAGAUCAGUCAAAAUAUAGCAUUGCUAAUGUUAAACAACUUGAACAAAAAAUAUUAUCUCAACAUAUAAUCCUUCCCACAGUAGGGACCAACACUGCAGACUUUGAUGAUUCCUGUUCUAUAAUUUCCAGUGUAAGUGAAAAAUCUACGAGCAUUCCUAAAGAAACCUCAGAAUCAAAUAUACCCAGUCACUUAGAAAGAUCUUACAGUACAAAAACCAGUACUUCAUCUAGUAUUAAAUUUUCUCCAGCAUAUCUGGAAGAAACCACAUCUGAAAGUAGAAUAGGUAUUUCAAAAUCACGUUUGAAAUCUUCAUUCAGCAAGGCACACUUAUCCGUUUCAAAGUUGCCUUCUGGAAUUAUUUCACGAUCUAUUGAUGAAAUAAUCGAAUCUUUAAAGUCUACAGUUCCAACUGCGUCAGACCUAAAGAUCAAAGAACUUUUGGAGAGUAUUCUUGGCCAAGAUUAUCUCAUCAACAUUCAACAGGCAAACGAACUGGAAUUAUCAGCUGUACGAAUGGCAACAGUGGAAAGUGACAGUAUGAAAUUGAAGUCAUCUCACAUUAGAAAGGAUCGAUUUGUAUCUCCAUCUGUAUACCAAGGUAUAAAACAGAUACUAGAAGAAUCAGAGCAAGACAUACCUGAAAGCUCCCAGUUAAAGUCCUACAGUCCACAGGUGCAACCCUCUGAAGUGAGAGAAUACAUUGCUAGAAUUGAGGUUCCAGAUAUAGUAAUUCAAACUGCUACAAAAGAAUCAGAUUAUACUGUUAAAACAGUUUCGCCAGAUCAACAAAGCAUACAUGGAAGUGAAUAUGAUUUAUUUUCAGAGGCUGAAGUGACAGAAUCAAUUGCUGAAAAGUCUAAAAGUUUGCUGGAUGUCUCUAGUGAAGAAAAAUCAGAAGACUUUGCAUCUUCAGGCAAGGACUUGAUAAUACAAGGAAAAGCAUUUCCAAAGACUAGACCAGUUCAAACUCACAAAAAGGUAGAAGACCUUCAGUAUCAACAACCAGUAUCUCUCCUUUCUACAUGGACUACAAAGAUCAAAGAUGUGGAUUACCCACUUAUUCAUCUUCUAUGUACCACUUCUCCUGGAUUUGUGUUGCCUAGAAAUCUGCAGCUAGUUUCUAGAGUCCAUCAUACUCUAGACAAAAGUGGUCAUGGUAUUUCAUUACCACCUAUUAAUUUUGACUGCCAUAAUUCUGAAGAACUAUUCCCAGAAACUGCUGCAUUUGAGAAAAAAAAUUUCAGAGAAAGGAUUUAUAAUGAAGGACUUCCCAUUUCUGAGGUAUGCCAAAGCAGUCAAGAAGAUGGAAUUCAAGUUUUACCUCCAAAGACACCAAGAAGUAUGCCUGAGUGGCAAAGAAUAGCUGAGUUCUAUGUUGAAAAGCCUCAAUUGAAAUUAUUAGGAAAAACGAUGAAACUUCAACCUGGAUCUCUUAAAAUGUUUUGGACUCCAGCUCCCCAUAAAUUUUCUGCUCCUCUUUCCGUUAUGAAGGAAAUCUUGUUUUCCAAGUAUGAGAGCAAUUUGGUUCAUGGGGUUAUUUAUGAAGAUUUUUCCAUUGAUCUUCAAGAGAAAGAAAAGGGAGAAGGCGAAGAUGACUUUGACUCUUUUUUUUCUAAUAUUAGUGCAAAUAGAAGACAUGGUUCCUUUCCAGAACUUGUACUUCCUGAAACUACUGUAAAGGAUGAAGACAUUGCAUGUGGACAUUCGCUUAAAAGGACAACUAGUGCACCAGAGUUGUCUUCAUACAGAGACAAAACACUUAUAAAGUUUUCUGCAAAUUUCAAUACUGCUAUGGAAGAGCUUGAUAUCAUGAGCAAGCAUGUUCCUUUAGCAAAACCUACUGCUGCAGUACCAGAAGCUGAACCUACUCUAAAAAAGCAUAGUUUUCCUGCUAACCUUUCAGGAAUUAGUUUUCACCCUUCAAAAGCACCUAUAAAUCCAGAGAAAGGUCCUGAAACACUUACAGGAAGUCCACUAAAACUGCCUAAAGGAAAUCUUUUUGAACCAGUGCCUGCUCCAGGUGAAAUAGAUCAGACUGCUCUUGCUGAUGAAUGUCGAAAAGCUGGAAUUAAGUACAUCAUUUUUCCAAAGAAAAAAAGAAGAUCAUUGAAAUUAGGGAAAAGUAUUACUCCCAAAGUAUUGGAUAGUAUAUUUCAAAAAUUAAAUGAACCUCCAAAAGUUCUUAAAAGGUCUACGUCUCUGAUUCUUCAGAAUCUUCAUAUGCAUAAAAAAUACUCUAUUAAAGUAUCUCGAGCAAUUCAACUUUAUAGAAACCCCAGCCUCCCUUAUUUGUUAAACUUUGAAACAUUUGCCCAAAAACAGGGUAAAGGAUCUGAAGAUUCUGAUUAUCUUUGGGCCAGGCUAGUGUGGAAUAAAUGGUUUGAGGAGCGGUUUGUUUCCAAAAACAAAUCUGAUGAAGAUAAACAGAUGUUAGGCAAACAUCUUUUGACACAGGAAAUUGAGGAUGUUACGAAAGAAAGAGAAUUACCAAACUAUGUGAAUCCUUUUCUAUUUGAUGGCAAAAAAGAAGAACUUGAACAGUGUGAGCAGGAGAUUGAGAGAAUAACUCAAGAGAUAAAUAAAGGAUGCGCUACAGCGUUUAACUAUUGUCGUCGUGGAGCAAUAUACAGAAAGAUUGGAAAAAUGCAGUCAGCUUUGGAUGACUUAGAAAAAGCAAUACAUUUGGAACCAUUUCUGGCUAAUGCCUAUUGGCACAGACACUUAAUAUUUGUUUACCAAAACAAAAUUAUUCCAGCUCUAGAAGAUUUGAAUUUUAUAAUUAAAUGUAACGUAAACUAUACAGAUGCUUAUUUGUCGAGAGCUGAGAUAUAUAGAAAACAGGGAAAUAAUCACUUGACAAAGUAUAAUUUUAGUUUGGCACUGAGAUACAGACCCACAGAUCCUGAAGUAUAUUUCAAGAGAGGUGAAGUCCAUGAAGAAGAGGGUGAGUUAUUACUGGCAAUGGAAGAUUAUUCAAAGGUAUGCAUUAUUAUUUUUAAUUGCAUUAUAUAUGUUACCUUUUUUUUACAGGAUGCUCUUUCCAGUUUUAAUGAGGCUUUGUUGCUGCUAGGUGGCAUUGAAAAAUAUCUUCCUAAUACCUUUGAGACUGCAGAAUUAUAUUUUUUAAUGGGCGAGUGCUACAUGGAGCAAGUUUUUCUAUUAGAGGCCUGCGAUGCUUUUACUUCUGCUGUCAGAGUAUAUCCACGAUAUGCAGAUGCAUUUUAUCAGCGAGGACUUUGCAGAAUGCAGCUCCAACAAUCUAAAUGCAUCUUAGAUUUUAACAAAACACUUGCUAUUAUACCAAGGCAUUUUCAGGCUUACUUAAGUCGUGCUGCUUACUACGGUAGCAAAGGAAGAUACUCGAAAGCAAUCAUGAAUUGCACCGAAGCCCUCAAAAUUGAGCGACAAAGUAUAAGAGGGUAUCUUUACAGAGGAGUACUGAAAUUUUACAACAGGACUUACAAGCGUGCUGUUGAAGAUUUAACUAAAGCUAUAGAAUUGGAUAAGACGUGCAUUUUGGCAUAUUAUAACAGAGCAAUUGCGUUCCAACAAUUGAAGGACUAUGAAAAUAGUUUGAUAGAUUAUAAGACUGUUCUUCGUCUUGAGGCAAGCAAGGACAUUGUCUUGAAAGUGCUGAAAAAUCGUGCUAUAGUUUUUAUAGAAAUGAAACAAUAUGAACAUGCACUAAAGGACUUUGCAGAAGUGGCAAUGACUGAACAUAAAAACAUAGGAUUAUUGAAUGUUAUUGGACUUUGCUAUCACAGACUUCAGAAAUAUGAAGAAGCUGUGGAAUCAUUUUCUAAAGUUCUUAAACUCAAUCCCUUUUCUUUGGAUGCCUACAUUGGUCGAGGAAAUGCAUACCUGGAAUAUGGUCAUAGCAAAGGCACCAGACAGGCCCUAAAGGAUUUCUUGACAGCAGUACAUAUCAAUCCAGUGUCCAUAAAGGCUAGACUUUGCUUAGGAUACAGCUUGCAGGCUCUUGGAAAAUUUCAGAAAGCGUGGAUUCAGUUUUCAGCAGCCAUUCAUUGUGAUCCUAGUUGUCACAAUGCUUACGAUGCACGUGCUAUAGUCUGUCUGCAGAUGGGGGAUGUUUUUGCCGCUUUUCAAGAUACAAACGCUGCACUAAAGAUAACCACUAAUGCAGAAUUGCUUACAAAUCGAGGUGUGAUUAAUCAGUUCAUGGGAUAUUUAAACUGUGCUAUGCAAGAUUAUCAGCAUGCUAUCACUAAAGACCCCAACUAUGCUUUAGCCUAUUUCAAUGCAGCAAAUGUCUACUUUUUAAACAAACAGUUCUCACAGGCAAAUGACUAUUAUAACAAGGCCAUAGAACGUGAUCCCCAAAAUGAAUCUGCUUUCCUGAAUCGAGCUAUUACAAAUACGCUCUUAAGAAAUUUUGAAGAAGCAAAAACAGAUUUUGAGAUGGCAAUUUCCUUGUCCCCUUUGUCUGCAGCAGUAUAUUUUAACAAGGCAAAUCUCUACAACAUGUUACAGCAAUAUGACCAAGCUGAGGAAGACAUUUCUAAAGCACUUUCAAUUCAACCUUACGAUGCCUUGCUUUAUAAGCUCAGAGCUGAUAUUCGUGGCAAAAUGGGAUUAAUUAAAGAAGCAAUUGCUGAUUAUAAGAAAGCUAUCAGCAUCCAAGAGCUAAUCAGCAGCAAUUGAAAAGAUUACCCUAAAAUGUUUAUAGUAUUAUUUAAAGCUGGACAACAUUUUCUGCUGUUAUAGAUAGCUUGCACUAGUGUUCUGUACUUAUCAGAGUACAAUUUAAAAUAUUAUGUACAUUUCUGUACUUGUACAACUCGACAAGAAGCAUUAAAUAAAGCAAAAUACUGUUAA